CGGAAGUUUAUACCGACACCCGGAAGUGGAGGACGGAGCGGUAGGAAAGAAGGAGGCCGAAGCGAAGGAGGAUGUCGUCGGAGUACGAGGCCGUCCAGCGGGGAGCUCUCCGCCUGAAGGGCGGCGUCGGGGUGUCCCCCGCAGGGAAGCGGAAGAAAAAGAAAGAUAAGGAGAAAAGCAAGAUCGUGGACCAGAUAGUGAGCAGCAAGAUGCAGGAGGAGGAAGAGGAGGAAAAGCGUGCCCUGGACAAGAGGACCCCAGCGCAGCUGGCCUACGAGAAGAUGCAGGAGAAGCGGCAAAUAGAGAGGAUCCUGAAGAAAGCAUCCAAAACCCACAAGCAGAGAGUCGAGGAUUUUAAUCGGCACCUGGACACCUUGACAGAGCAUUACGACAUCCCAAAAGUCAGCUGGACGAAAUAAGCCAUUUUUGUUUUGCUUCCCCUGCUUCCCAGGCUUGUCUCGUUUUGCUGAAAGGGCACAACUCAGCAGACGGGACCGUUUCUGGGGACCUUGUUCAGCACAACUUUCUGUAACUGGUUCAAUUAAACUUGUGUUUUAAAGAAGAUUAAACGUCUGGAUCUUACACCUUCAAGUAAAUGGCCGCUCUUAUUUAACUGCCGAAAAUCUCCAUUGGAUGUUUCCGUUAUUUUAUCAUAUCAUAUUUUAUCUCCGACUCCAGGUUAAAUAAAGGCCAGGAAGGCCAUAUAUAAAAUGUUUGGCUUGAUCAGGAUUCUGUGACUAAA